AUGGUAGGCAAUAUGCCCAGCAUGAACUCCGACCGUUUCUACCAGCUCGAAGAAAAUGACAGGAUGCUCAACCGUCACGCUGUCAUCGAACCUAGCACCCAUCCACAAUCUACCAUCGGUGCAGAUCCUUUUAGCAGGCAAGAUUUCGAACAAAAGCUGCUACCGAAGCCCCGAGGUGCUGCCUUGAUCCAAUUUGAACGCGAGAUUGCUGCGCUUGCACCAGAACCACUCCCUGACUUGAGCUAUCUCCCAGCCUUCCGAACUCAGAUGGGUCCACAGCUACUCGAAGCCACCACUAAGCAGAACCUUCCGGCGAAGGGAGUCGAAGGUGUGCAGUCAAUAUCUGUGUCAGUGGGUCAGGAUUAUGACCAUGAUAAAGAAAAUGCAGAUGAGGAUUAUGAGGACGAUGACGCAGGAUCCCGCGCGAGGCGCAAGAUCCCGUUCAAGAGAAAACGAGCGCCUUCUCGAGGGUCGACUCCAAAGUCCAGGUUGAAGCCACUGGUGGACGCGUCCCUACUCGCCGGUAAGCAGCUUGAGGCCGAAGUCUACAGAUUCAAUACCACCAUCUACGACACCUCUGCCGACCCUCCUUGGGAAUUUCUGGGCACCAAUUACUUAGACGUGGCCAAUGCCAGAGGGCCCAUGGACCUCAUCAAACGUGUCACGAGGAAGUCUAGUGGAGACGCGGAAUUAGAGGCAGCUGAAGAGGACGCGCAGAACAUCAAGGGCAACGUUGUGAUCUGGGGACCAUAUGCAGAGUCUGGCCGAAAGGUGACGGAGGCGUGGCAUCUUGCGACGGCGCCAAUGUUAAGGGCCUUCUUGGGUGAUUGGCUCGCUCGCGGCGCGACGCAGAAUGUGGACCGUGCGGACAUCAAGGUGCUCAUCUGGCAGGCGAACGAAGCUGGCAAGGCGCGCAUUGCGAGACGGAAUCAUAUCCCGAUGCAACCAUUGGUUCAUGCGGGCGAGAACUCAUAG